AUGGCUGCUAUGCCGUGUCGAUACUUUGCCAAUAGCACGCUUCAGAAAGCCCGCAGUGGCGCAAGUUGUAAUUUCCAGCAGCUGUCAGCUCUGCCAUUUGAACCAACCGGCGAGAGGGAAUCUGGUGACUCUGGGGAAGAAAUGGAAAGAGGCUUGACGUUUUGGCUGUUGAGAAGAGGCACUGAGGCUUCUGCAGCGCAGUUGACAUGGAAGUUGUCGGCCGAAAGUCAUGGUCCAUAUCAGAAUCGAAGCACAGGUAGUAACGCAUCCAUCAAUGAGCAAGUAGCUGCGGUUUGGCUUACUUGUGAUUUUAUCUUAAAUCGUGAGUCGUAUCGUGACUUGGCUGCCCGAGAUGGCUAUUCCCCUGCCGAUCUCGACAAGAGCCGUCCUACCACGACCGUCAUCAACCAAUCAGAAGCAAGCCUCUAUGGCUCAGUGGUAGAGCGUGUCACUAGUAAUGACAAGGUCCCAGGGCCAGCUCGCUCGUUCAUCCCGACAGCAUCCGCUACCAUGCCUGCCGAGGACUCCCGCUCGUACGGCGACGCCGCCCACGAGACUGCUUCUGGCUUCAUCGCCUAUGCCCGCAGCUCUGUCGAUCGUGUUGUAUCCCCUGAUUCUCGGGAGCGCGCGUACAAGAACACGGCCUCGUUCGCUACUGACCGGCCUUUUCUCUUUUCUAUUAUUGCCUUUCAGCUUCUCUUCGCCUUCCUCCCAAUCCUCCUCUUCAUCACAUUUAGUCUGUCAACCGUCGCCUUUGCUCUCGGCGCUGCCGUCCUCUUUUCACUCUUCUGGAUCGGCGUCGCCCUCAUGAUCCUGGUGCCUACCCUACUGGUCACAUCGUCCAUUGCCGUUCUCGCCUGGGCCUGGGCCGCAGGGAGCUUCAUUGUUCUCCGGUGGCUGUAUGAGCAUGCGCCCAUUGGGGGCAAGGGUACUGAGGUCGCUAUCAAGCAGGAGAAUGGGAGCUAG